UGAUGGAUGAGAUGUAGGUCGUUUCCUUACGAAAAUAUGGUACAAGGCUAACUUGUAUGGUCAGAUACCGCCCUUCCCAGGGUUUGCCGCCGUGUGGAGUAUCAGGCGACCUCGGUGUGGAUAUCCCACUUCUAGAACUAGUGGACGAAUCCCCUAUACAGAUGUCCAACAUCGGUGAUGUGGAUAUCUUCCUGCGCUGUGACCGGCUUUCCGCCAUUCGCCGCAAAAUAAACCAACCCAUCCUGCAAUUGAUCACAGAUCAGAAUAUCAAAGUAGGCAAUAUAUUAUUCAACAAAUCAGUGAAUACUAAAAGGCAAAGUCCGGCUAACAAUAGUAUAGAGAAUGGACGAUAACAUAUAUAUAUAUAAACCGAGAACUUCAGCUAGC